AACAGCUGGCUUGCUAGGGAUCCGAGCAAACAAGACAUAAAGAUCAUCAUCCUUAGCUGAUCUUCACCAUAAUCUUUCGUUCUGCAAAAUUCAAAAUUUGAGAGGUGAUCGGGAAGAUGUUAUAGAUCAUCGUCUUCAUCAACAUGCAGCUGAUACUACUAAUUAUCCUUUCCUUCUUCUCUUUCAAUUUUCAUUUGUUGCAUGGCGAUGAAAGCAAUGAGCUUCAACUUCUUUUAUCCUUCAAGUCUUCCAUCAAACACGACCCACAUGGCUUCCUCUCCACCUGGAACAACAACUCCUCAUUUGCAAGCAUGUGUAAAUGGUCUGGCGUCACCUGCAACAAUAUGUCUCACAUCACCGGAAUCAACCUCUCCAGCAAGAACAUCUCCGGCACACUCUCCUCUUCAGUCUUCCAUUUGCCAUAUAUUCAAACAAUUGAUCUCUCUGGAAACCAGUUCUUUGGCGAAAUCCCUCAAGAUAUUUUCUCUUCCUAUUUGCUUAAACAUCUCAAUCUUAGCAACAACAAUUUCACAGGUCCUAUCCCAGAAGUAGUUCCAUUCUCAACCCUCCAGACUUUAGAUCUUUCCAACAAUUUUUUAUCUGGGAAACUCCCACAAAACAUUGGAUUACUUUCAAGUCUCCAAGUUCUUGAUGUUGGAGGAAACGUUUUGGUGGGGGAAAUUCCAAUCUCCAUAACUAAUAUCAAAAGUUUGCAGUACUUGACGCUGGCUUCAAAUCAGUUAACCGGCCGGAUUACAACGGGAAUAGGCCAGAUGAGAAGCUUGAAGUGGAUCUACCUGGGGUAUAACAAUCUUUCAGGUGAAAUUCCAGAAGAGAUAGGUGAUUUAAACUCCUCGUUGAAUCAUCUUGAUCUUGUUUACAACAAUCUCUCUGGCCAAAUCCCAUACUCUCUCGGCAAACUUUCCCAGCUUCAAUACCUUUUUCUUUACCAAAAUAAGCUAACUGGGUGUAUUCCUAGCUCCAUUUUUGGCCUGAAAAACCUCAUCUCUCUUGACCUUAGUGAUAAUUCUCUAUCGGGUGAGAUCCCAGAAAAGAUAAUUCAACUCCAAAACUUGGAGAUUCUUCAUCUUUUCUCCAACAACUUGACUGGCAAAAUUCCUCGCGCCUUAACCUCUUUGCCUCGUCUUAGAGUUCUACAACUAUGGGCUAACAAACUCUCUGGUCAUAUUCCAGAAAAUCUUGGGAAACAAAACAACUUCACUCUCUUAGACCUCUCCACCAACAGCCUCACCGGAAAAAUACCCCGGAGUCUUUGCCAGUCCGGCCAACUCUUUAAACUCAUCCUCUUCUCCAAUUCUCUCCGAGGACAAAUCCCACGUAGCUUGGGCAGUUGCAGAAGCUUGCGCCGAGUGAGGCUCCAAAAUAAUCGCCUCUCUGGUAAACUACCACCGGACUUCACCAAGCUACCACUCGUCUAUUUCCUGGACAUAUCCAAUAACAAUCUCCAUGGAAAAAUUGGAGAAGAAAAGUGGAGCAUGCCGUCUCUUGAAAUGAUUAACUUAGGCAACAACAGCUUUCUUGGGAACCUGCCCGAAUCUUUCGGCAGUGAGAAGCUCGAAAAUGUAGAUUUCUCAGAAAAUGGAUUUUCAGGUAGUAUUCCCACAAGCUUCGGAAGCUUACCGGAGCUAAUCCAACUAAAUUUACGCGGGAACAAGCUCACUGGAAAAAUCCCACAAGAGUUAACUUCUUGUCAGAAGCUAGUGUGUCUUGACCUAAGCAAGAACCAGCUCACUGGUGAAAUCCCACCCGGUUUCUCUCAAAUGCCAGUUCUUGGCCAACUUGAUGUGUCCGAGAAUGAAUUAACCGGUAAAAUACCUGCCAACUUAGGGGAAGUAGAAUCCCUUGUUCAAGUAAAUAUCUCUCACAAUCAUUUUCACGGUAGCUUGCCAACAACUGGUGUAUUUCUUGCCAUUAACCCAAGUUGCGUAGCCGGCAACCAUCUCUGCGGAAGUGAUAGAACCAGUUUGCCGGCAUGUAAAAAGAAACCAGUUUGGUGGUUCGUCCUGGCUUGUUUCCUUGCUGGGUUAGCGCUGCUUGGUCUAGUUUCCUUAGCCGUACUCCGACUGGUUCAAAUUCGAGGAAGAAAGAACUUUGAGGUGAUCAAAAGAGUGGAAAAUGAAGAUGGGAUAUGGGAAUUACAACUUUUUGAUUACAGCCUCUCCAAAUCCGUAACAAUCCAGGAUGUCAUGUCAUCUGUAAAAGAAGAUAAAAAUGGGAUUUUAUGCGAAGGAAAUGGGGUGGAGUACAUAUUAAGUGAAGUGAAUUAUGGGAUGAGUUUUUCGCCUGACAUUCAACAACUUGGCAAGAUUCAACAUCCAAACAUCAUCAAAUUAUUUGGUAUUUUCCGGCGAUUAGAGAAAGACGCAUACUUGGUUUAUCAACAUGUUGAAGGGAAAAGUCUGAGUGAAUCCAUUGUCGGAAAUUUAAGUUUUAUGAGACGACUGAGAAUCGCAAUUGGGAUUGCAAAAGCUCUAAGGUUUUUGCAUAAGGAGGGUGUUGUCAUGGGUGACAUGUCGCCGGGGAAAGUUAUGGUAGAUGAAAAAGAUGAACCUCACCUCAGAUUAAGUCACCUGUUUGUAGAAACAAAGAGCUGGAUUUCUUCAGCCUACAUUGCCCCAGAAACAAGACAAACCAAGAACAUAACAGCAGAAACAGAUAUUUAUGGAUUUGGCCUCCUUCUCAUUGAACUAUUGACAGGAAAGAGCCCUAAUAAUGGAGAGUUUGGUGUGCAUGAGAGCUUGGUGGAAUGGGCUCAAUAUUGCUAUUCGGAUUGUCAUAUUGAUAGAUGGGUGGAUCCUCUGAUCGCGUCCCAUGCAUCAAUUUACCGAAAUCAAAUUCUACAGGCAAUGAAUUUAGCUCUCCAUUGCAUCGCCACCAACCCUACAGCUCGUACCUCGGCAGCUCUCGUAUCCAAUACCCUGCGCAGAAUAUUGCGUGAAACAACGACUUGGUGGUAGAAAUUUUUCGAAUCUAGGAUCUUGUGAGUCUAAUCUUAUCAGUUUAAAUUGUGACUUCUCAAUUUAUUAUUUAGGUGACCUUGCCUAAUUUAAUCAAAUUUAGAUAAAUAAGUACAAAUAAUCUCAAGUAAAUGAAUUACAAGAUCCUCAUACAUGGUAACUUUUUUCUAUUUCACGUCUCAAAUUUUCACCACCACUAUAAUUACCAUGCUUUAAUUCUCUUGGUCCUUUGGUUCUGGUUUUCUCAUAUUAGUUCUGCAGGGUGUAUGUUUGAUGUUAUCUUAAGUGCAUACAAUAGAGUGCUGUAAAAAUGUAAAUGAUAAACUAA